GCCAUUUCUGAUAGGCACUAGGCAAAACAAAGAUGGCUGACGAUUUCAAAAAGUGAUGGAAGUUCGCAACAUUAUUUCACCUCCAAAUAUUGGAAAGAAUGACUUUCCAAACACUAUUGACCCGCCAGAGUCGGAAGUGUUUAGUCUUUCUUUAAGACCUGACAUAUUAAAUAGCACUAUAAAGUCUUUGGCACAGCUCAGAAGAGACGAAUUAUUAUGCGAUGUUGUUUUAAAUGUGGAAGGUCAAAAAGUUAAAGCGCAUAAAGUAGUUCUUGCAGCAACGACGCCAUACUUCAAUGCUAUGUUUACUAACAGUAUGUUAGAAAGUGACUCUAAAGAAAUAGUUAUUCAUGGAAUGGAUGCUGACUCACUAAAAGCACUAGUAAAUUUUAUGUAUGGUGAAAACUUGUUCAUUAAGGUUGACAAUGUGCACAAUUUGCUGUCUGGUGCUUCUAUGUUGCAAAUUAUCUGUGUGAAAGAUGCUUGUGUAAAUUUUCUUAUGAAAAAGCUACAUCCAGAAAAUUGCUUAACGGUAAAAUCUCUUGCAGAUACUUUCUCAUGUGAAGAACUUUUAGAUGCUGCUAAUUCAUUUUUGGAAAAAAACUUUGUUGAUGUUGCUCAGUCUGAUGACUUUUUACAAUUGGAACCUAAAGAUCUCAUAGAACUUAUUAAAAAAGAUGAUUUAAAUGUACGUUCAGAGGAGCAAAUAUUUGAAGCUGUUUUGUCGUGGAUUAAAACAGAUACUAAAUACCGUUCGCAACAAUUACAUGAUUUACUCUGUCAUGUUCGCUUGCCUCUUUUGUCACCUCAAUAUUUAAGUGACCGUGUCUUAUCUGAAGAUAUUAUCCAUGGUGAUAUCAAAUGUAGGGAUCUCAUUGAUGAAGCAAAAGAUUAUAUGCUGAUGCCAGAAAGAAGAAAACAAUUAAAAAGUGCUCGCACUUUGCCAAGGAGAUGUAGUGAUGCAGCUGGCCUUAUUUAUAUUGUUGGUGGUUUAACAUCAUGUGGAGAAUCACUAUCAACUGUGGAAAAAUAUGAUACAAUAUCAGGUAAAUGGAUCCCAGUUCUACCAAUGGCAGUUCGGAGAAGUCGUGUAGGUGUGGCUAUUUUAGACAACAAGUUGUAUGCAAUUGGGGGUUUUGAUGGAAAUGUUAGGCUUAACGAUGUUGAGCGAUACGAUUCAAAUACUAACAGCUGGAAAAAAAUAUGUCCCAUGAACAUCCGACGAAGUGCUGUCGGUGCUGCUGUGCUUGGAAAUAAAAUCUAUGUGGUGGGUGGGUAUGAUGGCAAUUCUUCUUUAAACAGUGUGGAAUGUUAUGAUCCUGAAAUGAAUCAGUGGAAAUUUGUUGCAUCCAUGUCAACACUAAGAAGUGCUGCAGGUGUCACUGCUUUAAACGGUAAAUUGUAUUGUGCCGGUGGACAUGAUGGUUUAACGAUAUUUUCCUCUGUCGAAUCAUACGACAGUACAUUACGGCAAUGGCGUGCCGUCGCUCCAAUGUCGUCUCGACGGUGUCGAUUAGGCUUAACUGUUCUUAACAACAGAAUAUACGCGUGCGGUGGUUACGACAGCUCUUCGUUUUUGAGUUCCGUUGAAUUCUACGACGCUUACAGUAAUGCAUGGGUUUAUGUAGCAUCCAUGACGCAACGUCGAAGUAGAGUGUCGGCUGUGACGUUAGGUGGAAAAAUUUAUGCAGUCGGCGGCUACAAUGGUGCUUCCAAUUUAAGUACUAUUGAAACUUAUGAUCCAUGGGCUAACCAGUGGACCUCUGUGACGGAGAUGGGCAUGCACGAUGGUGGAGUGGGGGUAGGGGUGCUCCCCAGAAUUACGUAGUUAAAAUGUAUUUAUUUAUUGUGGUGUUUUUUAUUCAGCUUUUAAAUUGAAUGAUUCAUAUUUAUUCUUUUUAAAGUGACUAGUUGUAUUUACUAAUUGAUAAAAAUUUAUCUCUUUCUCCAUUCAGCAUAAAUUUUAACCUGCGAUGAAGUUCGCAUGAUUCAAACAUUUCGUGGAGAAAUAUCGUUUUAUACCAUCUGUUGUUUAUUGUUGAUGGUAUUUUCUUUGCUGUUUAUACACUAUAUACAUAUCUUUUGACUGUAAACUUAAAUUUAAAAAAUGAAAACAAAUAUGACUUACGAUACUUGUAUAUAAUUUUAAUAUUUAAAAUUCCAGGUGCAGUUUUUUGUUGUCUUUUUGUUUAUUUCUUUUAUUUCUUUGUUUUUCUUUUUCGUCCAACACGUUAAUUUUAAAUACUAUUUGUUUUCCUCUGGAAGGAAUAUUUAUGUGAAGCAAAUAUUAAAUUUUCUUGCUUAAUUUUUUUGUUUAUUUUCUUUUGUUUUUUAAAAGCUUAUACAUAAUGUAGAUGAGCAAAGUUUGUUAAUCCAUAAGAUUUCAGGCUUUCCACUCCUCCUGAAUAUCCUGAAAAAGUCCUCCUAACUAAUCCUGAAAUUUCUUGACUUUUUGUGAAAACUCGGAAAAAGCGCCUGUGUUUUCUCCGCCAAUCGAAAAAAUCUCCUAAAAAACAGCUAAAAUCAUCAUCCUAAAGUUUUUUAAACGUCCUUGGAAAUUUAAUUGCAAAAUGAGUGGAAACCCUGAUUUAUUUUUUCAGCAUAAUUUCUAGGGAAACUUUAAGAGAUAAUCGCCGUUUCUCCCUGAGUGGCUCUAUUCAACCCUGGAGACAUUUUUAGUUGUGUGUGUGUUUUGGUGGCGGUUGUCUUUUGAUCCUCAGUAGUGAUUGACCUGGGUGGAGGGUUUUGGGUGCAGGGUUUUUUAUUUAGGGUUUAUAUUUACUUUUGUUAAUUUUUUUUAUUCCAGUUAUGUAUUUAUGUAGCUAUAAAAUGUAAAUAACAAACUUUAAAUUGCUCAACAGAAAUUCUCAAAAAUAAUUUAUCAAUAAACUGAAAA